ACGUGAGUGUUGUUAUGGUGUAGCAGCAGCAGCUGGAGCAGAGCUGAGAUGGAGCGUGUGUGUGUGGUGCUGGUGCUGCUGGGGGCUCCUGUGUGGGGGCUGGCUGUGCCUCCUCUGUGGACCCAGCCAGAGCAGGUUCACCUGUCCUACCCAGGAGCCUCUGGCUGUAUGCUGGUCACCUGGACCACAUUCAACCAGACGGAGAGCUGGGUGGAGUAUGGGCUGGGGGGGCAGCGCGUGCUCCAGAUGAGGACCCAGGGCCAGGCCACACUGUUCAUAGACGGGGGAGAGGAGAAGAGGAGGAUGUACAUCCACAGAGUCACACUCACAGACCUCAAACCUGCGGCGGCCUACGUGUACCACUGUGGCAGUGACCUGGGCUGGAGCGACAGGUUUGCUUUCACAGCCCUGAACGACAGCACCAGCUUCAGCCCCAGGCUGGCCCUGUACGGGGACCUGGGCAACGCCAACCCCCAGUCACUGGCUCGUCUCCAGAAGGAGACCCAGCAAGGCAUAUAUGAUGCCAUCCUGCACAUAGGGGACUUUGCAUAUGAUAUGGAUGAGGAUAAUGGCAGGAUAGGAGAUGAGUUUAUGAGACAGAUUCAGUCCAUCGCUGCCUACCUGCCCUACAUGACCUGCCCUGGCAACCACGAGUCCUCAUACAACUUCUCAAACUACAGGAAUCGAUUCAGCAUGCCCGGCCAGACAGAGAGUCUGUGGUACAGCUGGAACAUAGGACCAGCCCACAUCAUCUCCCUCUCUACAGAGGUGUACUUCUACCUCUCCUACGGCCAGGAGCUCAUCUUCAGGCAGUACGCCUGGCUGAAGAUGGACCUUGAGGAAGCUAACAAGCCAGAGAACCGCGCGGCUCGUCCCUGGAUCAUCACGAUGGGACACAGACCCAUGUACUGCUCUGACGACGACCAGGAUGACUGCACCAAGUUUGACAGCUUUGUCAGACAGGGGCGGAAGGACAUGAGCCCACCGGCCCCUGGUCUGGAGGAUCUAUUCUACCUGCACGGGGUGGACGUGGAACUGUGGGCCCAUGAGCACACGUACGAGAGGCUAUGGCCCGUCUACGGUGACAAGGUACUGAACGGGAGCUCUGAUCAGCCGUAUGUGAACCCCAAGGCUCCUGUCCACAUCAUCACAGGCUCUGCUGGCUGCAGAGAGAAGCACGACCAGUUCAACCCCAACCCUAAAGACUGGAGCGCCUUGCGCAGCACGGACUACGGUUACACCCGCAUGCAGGUGGUCAACAACACACACCUGUACCUGGAGCAAGUGUCAGACGACCAGCAUGGCCAGGUGAUCGACAGCAUCUGGGUGGUGAAGGACAAGCAUGGCUCCUCAGCCUGGUUCUGAAUCGCUCUCCAGCCCAACCCAACGUCUCCACUCCGGAAACGCACUUUUAAUAACCCAAUCAUGCUGUUGAACACUGCACUUUAACUCCUAUCAGAGCAAUCAGGAGACUGUGAUUCCCCAAGAAUAUAAAAGCUUAUUAUACACUGUGGUUGAUGUUCACCCAGAGCUCUUUUGUAAUAAGGUCCAUAUGUUUAUUAUUGUGGAGGAGAGGUCAGAGGAAACUGCUUACAUUCACAUUGUUUGCUGUACUUUAGGAAACAGGAAAUUUGUAAUUCCCCAAAUCAUGAUGGAAUGGAUGAAUCAGUUGGACCCAGUUGGAAAUCUGAAGACCUCUCUAUCUUCUCCAACAAUGCUAUCACAAUUCCAUGAACCUUAAAAAGCUGUAUGCCAACAGACUUUAACCUGAUCAGGAACCUCUGUUUUAAUGUUUUUCUAUGUCUUCUUUCAUGUGUGUCAGAACGGGACCAACAGACUUUUUAUAAUCCAGUAAAUAGGAAUAGGAAUGUUAAUGGCACUACAGCUCUGCUGUCUGUGAAUGCUGUGUUAUAAAUAGUGCACCUCAAAUCUGUAGCUGUAUUUGUAAUGAGCCUCAAUAAAUUCUGCUGCUGCUUUUUUACCUUUAUUUAA